GUCAGCAAAGUUGGUCCCGCAGUGAGGGGAGCGACUGGACAGUGAGCGGCCAGGUGCAGAGAGCCACUGCCGGGCUAAAUCCUAUUACUACGGCCACACAUGGGCAUCGUCCGGCUGGAACCACACACAGCCAUGAUCGGGCAGGAGCCACACAUAGCCGCCGCCGGGCUGGUGCCACGCACGGCUGCAGGUUGUCUGAGGCACAACUUUGCAAGAGGAAAAGCGCUGAGCCGGCGGUUCAAACCACAUGUCUGUCUCCACACUGCCCCCCGCACGCAAGGAAGUGCAGCUUUCAGAACAACAUCUGAGGGAGCCACCCAGGCUAAGCCGGGCUGUCCAGCUGCAGGGAUGGAGAAUAAAACAGAGGGGUGGUCCUGCAGGCCACCCCCAUGGCAGCACCCCGGCGGUGAUGACGGUGCUGGGCCGCGGCUGGGCUGGGCUCGCGGCGCGCACUGAGCGGCCAGCCGCUCUCCCCCUCGCUGAGAUGCUGUCAGGGCGGUGGCGGCUGGAAGGCCGGUCCUGGCGCCGGGCCGGCCCCUCAUCAGGCUCCUCCUCGGCCGUGGCGCUGCGAGCCCUCUACGACUACCAGUACGAGGCGGAGGACGGGCGCCAGGUGGCCAUCGCGGAGGGCGAGCGCUUCCUGCUGCUGCACAAGUCCAAUGAGGACUGGUGGCAGGUGCGGCGGCUCAGCGAUCCCCGGAGGGCAAGGCCCAUCUUCGUGCCGGCCACCUACGUGGCGGAGGUGGCCCCUCAUGUGCAGGGUGGCCCAUGGCUGAGCGCCACGCUGCUGGCAGCCACUGGCACCAGGCAGCACCCGUCCCCGGGCCUGCAGCCGCGGUACCGAUCCCUCCAGGACCUGUCCAGCCCCCCAGCCCAGCCUGCCGAGCCUGGCCACCACUCCUGCCACAGCCUGAGCCUGCCAGCCUGGGACCCCGGCCCCCAACUCGGCCCGGCCCACCCCGUCAGCAGGAGCAUCAGCGCCACCGGCCUGGCCCAGAGACCCGGCAGGGACGCGCUCGCCCCCAGAUGCCAGCAGGAUCGGUGCCCGGAGCCGGUGGGGCAGGGGGUCAGCCCCCCUGGAGUUCCGCCCCCUGGAACCACCAUGGAGGAGUCCCCGAUUUACUGCAACCUGGAGGAGAUAAAGCGGGUGAGGGGGGAGCCCCCCAACCCCAGCGGCUCCCCGCUGCAGGUGCUGGACACCUGGGAGCGCCACCUUGACCCCAGCACCGGCCGCAGCUACUUCUACAACCCGGAGACAGGCGACAAAUCUUGGAAACCUCCACGGCGCCACCGGGAGAUGAGUUUGCUCCCCGUGGAGGCCCUGAGCCCCGAGUCCCCGGCAGCCGCUGACCUGGGGGAGACGCUGGCGCAGGGCGGGGGCAGUGUCCGGGCCGCUCGGCUCGGCUACACCAAAUCCAUGAUCUUGCCAGAGUCCCGCGUACCCAAGGUGUCUCACCGCAGGAAUCGCUCCCAGCACAACUUUGAGGACUGGGUGGGGACCGGUCCGCCCUCCACCUCCCCUGGGGGCUCCCCCCCUCACCCCUCUGACUUACCCCAUGAAGUGGAGAAGGCCGGGCAGCUGAACAAAACCAAGAUUGCAGAGGGUGGUCGGAAACUCAGGAAGAGCUGGGGUGUCUCCUGGGUGGUGCUGGCUGGGAACAGCCUCGUCUUCUACAAGGAUCUCAAGGGUCCGGCCCCCGCCAGCUGGAGACCCGCCAGCAGCAGGCCCGAGAGCAGCGUGGACCUGCGGGGCGCCGUGCUGGAGCGGGCACGAGACAUGUCCAGCAAGAAGAACGUCAUUCAUCUCCGCACAGUAACUGGCAAUGAGUUCCUGCUGCAGUCGGACAGUGAGGCCGAGAUCCAGGACUGGCACCAGACUAUCAAGGGCGUCAUCCGUAGGCUGGACCGGGAGAACCCCCUGGACGAGCCGGGCUACGUGCUGCGCCGGGCGGGCAGCUCCGAGCUGGGGGACCUGAGUGGAGACGAGGAGGACGAGGGGCUGAGGCCGAAGGACAGCUGGAAAUCCGCCGGCUCCCUCCGCGGCCCGGACAGCAGCGAGAGGAAGCGAGUCAAGAGCAAACUCAGGCGCUUCAUCGUCAAGCGGCCCCCACUGCAGAGCCUGCAGGAGAAGGGGCUCAUCCGAGACCAGGUCUUUGGCUGCCGGCUGGACGCCCUGUGCCAGCGGGAGAAUGACACGGUGCCCCGCUUCGUUCGGCUCUGCGUGGAGGCCGUGGAGAAGAGAGGCCUAGACGUGGACGGGAUCUACCGGGUGAGCGGGAACCUGGCUGUGAUCCAGAAGCUGCGCUUUGCCGUCGACCGAGAGCGGGCAGUGACCUCAGACGGGCGCUACGUCUUCCCGGAGCAGCCGUGCCAAGAGGAGCGGCUGAGCCUGGCUGACCCCGAGUGGGACGACGUCCACGUUGUGACCGGCGCCCUCAAGCUCUUCUUCCGCGAGCUGCCCGAGCCCCUGGUGCCCUUCGCCCUCUUCGACGCCUUCGUGGCCGCCGUCAAGCUCCCGGCCUACGACGAGCGGGUGCAGUGCCUGGCUGAGCUGGUCCAGAGCCUGCCCCCGCCCAACUAUGCCACCCUGCGCUACAUCCUGGCCCACCUCCGCAAGGUGAUGGAGUACGCCGACGCUAACCGCAUGACCCGGCAGAACAUCGGCAUCGUCUUCGGCCCCACGCUGCUGCGGCCCGAGAAGGAGCUGGCCAGCAUGGCCGUGGACAUGGUCCACCAGAACCAGGCCGUGGAGCUGCUGCUCGCCGAGUUCCAGCGCAUCUUCCCGGCCCCCAGCGCCAGCUGAGCCCCCCACCCCUGCCCCAGACCAGGACCAGGACACCAC